UCUUGCACCGUUAAUAUAAGGUACAUAAUAGGUACCUACAUGUUAUGCCUACAAUUUUUUUUAAUUAAAAAUAUUCACAAAUUUUGGGACGUUAUUUCGAAAAAUUUGCUAGUGUUUUGUUGCUUCUACCGUAAAUAAACAGAAGAGUUUUGAGAUAAAUGAAACAUGUUGGUCAGUCAUAACGUUCUAAUUUUCAGCAAAACUCUCGCAAAAGAGAGUGGUCGAGGGUAAGUAUAUUAAAAUGUUAAAAACUGAAUCCUGGCCUUCAAGAAUUCAUCACCAUGUUUAUUAAAUUAGCGGGUCUUUGUAAAUAAGCCUGUUAUUCGUGUGAAUAACAAGAUAUAAUAGAUCGUACCUUGAUCUGUGUGUGUCUACAUUUUACUAAUUAGAAAUGGUCACCCUAAAUUAUAAUAGACUAUUACUGUCUGCGAAGUAAAUUAAAUUAAUUUGAUAGAGAUUAGGUCAGUGUCGCCUUGUACCAUAAUUUUAAAUAUGCGAAUAGGUAUUUACCUACUGAUUAUGUGAGUAUUUAGUUGCUACUAAAAGCAAGUAAAGAAACGCAACAUGUUCCUUGUGCUUCUUGUACUACCAGCGCUAGUAACGGGACAAGUAAAGUACUACUUGUACACCAGGAACAAUCCGUCAUCGCCACAACUAUUACAAAACCUUGACGGUAGCAAAGGGACAAAGUUUCUAAUCCACGGAUUCCUUCAGACUGCAAAGGACGUGUGGUAUGACCAAAUGAAGGAUGAGUACUUGAAAAAGGGCGACUUUAACUUCAUUCAAGUGGAUUGGGGCUCGAUUGCUUUCGGAAGUUAUCUGCUAAUAGCAAAAAAUACGCAAAACAUCGGGCGAGAACUUGGAGACGUAAUAGUGGAGAACAACUUGCCCCUGUCCAACGUGCACAUAAUUGGGCACUCCCUUGGCUCGCACAUAGCGGCCUAUGCCAGCCGGAGAAUCUCGCAGUUGCUAAAUGCAACCGUAAAGAGGAUCAGUGCACUUGACCCAGCGGGCCCGCUAUUCGAACUGCUGCCGAUAUUGCAAGGUUUGCGAAAGACCGAUGCGGAAAUAGUAGACGUGAUACAUGCAGACGGCGGUUUCUUUGGAAUGCGAAAUCCUGUGGGAACUGUCGAUUUUUACCCCAACAGUGGGCAGCGACACCAACCUGGAUGCACCAAAUCAAUGAUAUUGUCGCAGCCAAAUUAUACUCUCGAAGAUAUUAUCUUCUGCAGCCACAGAAAAAGUUACCACUACUUUAUUGAGUCAAUCAACAAUCGUGUCUUUAAGGCAAAGGAAUGUCAAAGUUGGGAAGAGUUCGUGCGAGGAAAUUGUAAUGGUGCCACUGCUGUAAUGGGCGAUGGGUAUGAGAAGGAACCGCACUCUAUCGGAAGAUUUUAUCUUAGUACAGAAAACAACUAGGAAACGCCAGUUUUUUGUUUGUGUAUAGUAACUUGAGUAGGUUAGGGAAAGAGUAAUACAUGAUAUCUAAGUGUA